AAAAAGAAGAAGUUUGCUCUUGCUUGUCUCCCUUUCCCAGCUGCCCCCUCGGCCAAGGUGUUCCCCGAAGACCCUGUGGAGCUGGGAGAGCCCAACGUCCUCAUCUGCUUCGUGGACCAGCUCUUCCCUCCGGUGCUGAACGUGACCUGGCUGAAGAACGGGCAGGCGGUCUCGGAGGGGGUGAAGAAGACGGGCUUCCUCCCAAAUGAAGACAACACCUUCUCCAAGUUCUCCUACCUGACUUUUGUUCCAGAAGACGGAGAUUUCUACACCUGCCGGGUGGAGCACUGAGGGCUUGAAGGGCCCCUGACCACGGUCUGGGAGUCCAAGGGACCCCCUUCCCUCCCGGAGACAUCAGAGAACGUGCUCUUCGGCCUGGGCCUGGUCAUCGGCCUCCUGGGCAUCAUCGUGGGCACCAUCCUCUUCUUCAAGGCCAUGAGGAUGACAGACCACAACAGCAGAGGUAGUGGCGGCCUGUGAGAAAGAGGGACCUCCUUUUCCUGCAACUGCCUCCACAACAAUGUCUCCUGAUUAGUCGCUUUCACUAUGACAUCCAAGGCCAGCUUCCCUGCUGCCAUCAGCCACAAGAGCCCCCCAUUUGCUCUGUCCUGUCUCCCCCAUAGAACCCCACUGGAGACCCAAACCAAAGAGACUGGAUGCAACCAACUCAGAGCUCCACCAAGAUCUAUCCACCUGGCCACCAGCAACUGGUGUAUUCCAGCAUCAGCCACAGAAGUAUCUAUGUGAUGGUUGAGAUUG